AUGGAGAAUGCAUGGGGAAGUGAUGAAAGUGAAUCUUCAGAGGCUCGCAUGGGCCGAAUGGAGCAGAUGUUAGCAGCAUUAACUGAGACCUUAACACAGCAGCAAAGACAGCAACCUUUACCCCCUCCACCUCUACCAGCGCAAGCUGAAACAGACAAUAAUGACCUUAUCAAUCUGACCCAAAAAUUCAUGAAAAUUAAACCGCCGACGUUCUAUGGCGGAAUUGAACCCUUAAAAGCUGAGACGUGGUUACUUGAAAUGGAGAAAUUAUAUGAAGUGUUCCCUUGUUCUGAAACUCAGAAAGUCCUGGAUCGAAAAGUGUUUGAAUUUCAGGAACUCAAACAGGGAAGAAUGUCAGUGGCAGAGUAUGAAGCUAAGUUCACUGAAUUAGCACGGUUUGCUCCAUAUAUGGUGGAUACCGAUUAUAAGAAAGCCCGAAAGUUUGAAGGAGGAUUGGACCUCGACGUGUUUGAUCGAGUAGGCGUCCUGAAAUUGCCUACUUAUGUGGAAGUUCUAGACAAAGCCUUAAUGGCAGAGGCUACCCUAGCCGCCAUGAAACAAAGCAAAACCCCAGCAUCUACAGCAAAUGAGUGGAGAGGAAAAAGACCCGGGUUUGGUUUUAAGAAAGGCCGGUUCUUGGGCAAUAAGAAGCAAAAUACAGGGACUUGA